AUGGACACGAUGGAGCAGCAACCAGGCUACAGGCAAACGCUCAAACGAGUUCAAUGGAUAGAGAAGAGCUUCUCCGUUGUCCGCGUUGUGGAGGGUUUGACCAACAAGCACAGCUUCGAGCCCGACCAUCUUCCGCCAGCCAAGAGAGAUCCAAGCCUGACCAUCAAGGACAUGGGCGGAAAAGUCGAAUGCUUGGAGAGACUGCAUUCGAUCCUUCUCCCUUCAAUCAAACACCAGCUCACCUUGCUUCUAAACUCACUCGACCUAAUCGAUCCCAGCAGGAACCCAGAACCGGUCACCGAUCAAAUUCUGGAAAUCUUGUCAAAUCUCGAUCGGAGUUUGGAGAGCACCGUAUCGGCCACCGUAUCUAUCACUCUAGAACCGCCUGUACCAGACGAAAAACACGAUCAUGGCCUAGAGAAUUUGAAAGGCUUUCGAUGCGCUAAUAUACGAAGGAAAAUUCAGUUUUUUCUAGGACGGUUGAUCUAUGACCGGUUAUUCAGGGAUGUACUGACGAGCUAUAUCCAAUGGUGCGCUAUCGCAAAUUUUGGUGUUGAAGAUGAUUCGGUUUUGAAGGAGGGAUCUGAUCUUAGGAAAAGAAUCAAAAUCGUCAUCGCUUAUUCACAAACAAUCAUCAAUGAAACAAUCAAGUGGUGCCGAAACUCCGACUGGGCUAUCAUCCAAGAAAGCUGGCUAGAAGCAUCCGAGAUAUAUGAUGAGGCCCUAGAGAUAUUCACUAGCCAGACCAACCCGACGAUCCAAUCAACAUGGGAGGCUGAUCAUCCUAACGAUAAUAAUAUCCAGAGAGACGCGGACAGAGCAAUGCUAGUUGAAGUAGCCAAGUCAGCCAUACCGCCAGUCAAAUUAGGAAGGAUCUUGAUCAAGAAGACAUCUGGAAAGAUCUCGAAGAAACGUUUAUCGACGUUGGGUACUACACCCGAACUUAACUCUGAGAAAAUCAAGCAGUUAUACGAAACCCCUCAAUCAAUCAUCAGGCUGAAGGAGCUGUCCAAGAACUUCCCAGAAAAAUGGAAUCCACGAUAA